ACACACAUGCUUAUAGACAGACCCAUACAGACGAGAAACAGCCUCAGUCCCACACAGAAACGCCAGUGGAUAAAAGAGAAAUUGCAGAAGAUCUAAAGAAGACGAUUAAAAGCUGGUUUUGAUGAUCACACCACAUUGCCAGACAGCUUGUGGGGAUAUGACGAUAGUUAUUACAGGAGAUUCAGAAAUUAUGUCAUAAAAUCACACUCUUAGAUAGUGAUUUCAACAGUCAGGAUCUGACUCUACAAGUGGUCUGUGGAUUUUUCAGAGACUGGUAUACAAAUUCCUGGUGCACAAUAUUUCUCGCAUCUUUAUUGGUGUUGUCUCUUAUUUUUUAGAAAUGAAUUCGGACUCGGUUGCAAUGACGGAUCUCAGUGAAAAGAUGCAUAAACCGGAAACAGUGUGCAUCUAUGGAACAGGUGAUUUUGGACGCUCACUGGGGCUCCGUUUGCUCCAGUCGGGAUACAGUGUUGUAUAUGGAUCCCGGGACCCUAAAAACUCUCUGUUGCUGCCUAAGGGGUCAAAGGUCAUGUCUCAUGCAGCAGCAGCUUGUGAUGCACAUGUGGUAUUCAUGGCUGUGCAGAGGGAACACUAUGGAUUUUUGACCUCCCUGGCAUCGGGUCUUGAAGGAAAGGUGCUGGUAGAUGUCAGCAAUAAUCUCAAGAGGGGUCUGUACCCAGAAUCCAAUGCAGAAUACCUGAGCAGGCUGGUUCCAGGGGCGACGGUAGUCAAAGCCUUCAACACCAUCUCUGCCUGGGCACUGCAGUUUGGAGGACUAGAUGCCAACAGACAGGUACUUAUCUGUGGAGACCGUGCUGAUGCUAAACAGCAAGUGGUGAACAUUGCUCAAAGUCUUGGUUUCACUGCACUGGACAGAGGCUCACUCCGAGCAGCUGCUGAGUUAGAAGAUCUGCCCUUGCAACUCUUCCCUCUCUGGAGACUUCCUCUCAACAUCGCAAUUUGUUUAACAGCUUUCAUAUUCUUCUACGCGCUCACAAGCGAUGUUAUCUACGAGCGUGUUACCAAUGGUAAAGACAUCGCUUUUCGCAUUAUGAUCUCGCUGGCCAACAAGACCUUUCCCAUCGUCUCUCUGGUGAUGCUGUCCCUCUGUUACCUGCCGGGUGCAUUGGCUGGAUUUCUGCAACUUUAUAACGGCACUAAAUACCGUCGCUUCCCUGAUUGGUUGGAUCGCUGGAUGUUGUGUAGGAAGCAGCUGGGUCUGUUAGCGCUGGCCUUUGGUUUUCUACAUGUUCUCUACACUUUAGUUAUACCUAUCAGAUAUUAUGUACGCUACAAGAAAAAUGUCUUCACUAUAUCACUGGUAAAAGAUAAUAAAACCUAUGAGUUUGACAACACAAUGGCCUGGCGUGUUGACUCCUACUAUUCCAUGGGAAUGCUUGGGUUUGGGCUGUUUGUCCUACUAGGAAUCACAUCCCUUCCAUCUGUGAGCAACUCCCUAAACUGGAGGGAGUUCCGUUUUAUACAGUCCAAACUGGGCUACAUCACCCUGCUGCUCUGUACAACUCACACAUUUCUGUAUGGCUGGAACAAAUUUCUGAAACCUUCAUCAUAUAGGUGGUGGAUGCCUCCAGCAUACAUGUUGUCUCUGGUGGUCCCCUGUGUGGUUCUGAUUCUAAAGCUAAUCCUGAUCACUCCAUGCGUGGACCGCAGUGUCACCCGUAUCCGUCAAGGCUGGGAGAGACAGGGCAUGACUUCAGCAAAUGGCAGAGACACAAAGACAAGCCAUCCACUCAUAGCAUAGCCAUCUUUUAACUGUAUGAAAACUGUGUUGGACUUGCCCUGAACUCUUUUGCUGAAAGUGAGCCUUAUGGCGUGGUAUGACUCGGCUCGGCACGGAUCAGUACGGAAGGGCACGGCUCGGCUUGGCUCGGCACGGUUUGCAUUUCCACUGCAGUUUAGUAUCGCUUUAGAGUAGGUGAUAUUAUUCACAUGUCAUUAUAGUUGUACCGCCUCCACUGCCACGUCUUCUAAAAAAAACUUUUUCAUUCCACGUCGCCCCAUCAAGCUCUCACUGGAUCCGCUCCUCGGCUAUCAAUGAGAGGAACGUCUGUACUUCCUCAACAGACAAUGAGAUUUUUGGUUGUUAAAAAGGUGCACUCGCAGUUGUGUUCGAUCCUUCGCUGGCUGUGCUGAUUCUUCUUCUGCUUUAGUUUUUUGAUGCAUAACAAUUUAAAUGUAUAGUGCCACCUACAGUACAUUGCUGCUGUGCAGUUAUGUUAGCUAUUAUCUUCAAAAUGACUUAUAAACAGAAAAAAAACAAAAAAAGAGGAGGGGGAGAGAAACAAUAAAACAAAACAAAAAAAAUAAUAAUAGUUACAAUUCUUCAUAAAUUUGAAACUAUACAAGAUUUCCCUACACCAGUUUCCCAGAUACAACUGUACCAUCUGGCGCUGCGUCUCCAGCUCCUCCAGAACACUUCCCUGGUUUCCUAAAAUCCAGAUCAGGCUACAGCAUCCCUUUUUGAUUUUAAAUCCUCUCGCUCAACCCUGUACUAUAAAUGUAUUUUAUUAGCAGCCUAUAUCCUACUCUAUCUUUAUUAAACUCAUAUCCUAACAAGUACCCUAAAUCAUUAUUUACCUUUCCCUUUUUAUUUAAGAAUGUUAUUAAUUCCUUUCUUUCUUCAUCAUAUUUUUUACAGUCGUAUAUUACAUGCUCUAUGGUUUCUUUUUCCCCACAGUUCUCGCAUAAACCAUUCUCAUGUACUCCAGACAAAACCGGGGGUCUGAGUGUAACGCAGUUUCGAUUCUCUGUAUGUAUGUACUGUACAUGUGGAAGAAUUGACAAUAAAGCAGACUUGACUUGACUUGA